AUGUCAACAAACCUGCGUCCGGUUCGUAGAAGACGCAAUGUCAUUCAUACGGAUGAUAUAGAUGAUGACCUUCAUAAGUUGAACCAUAGCACUCGUCAACCCACCUUAGAAGAGGAAGAGGAAUACGAAGAAUCUGACUAUUAUGAAGAUACUGGAUCAAGGAAUAAUGGACCAGAUCCUUCUGAUGAUGAGUUUGGUACUUUCAGGCCACCUGAAUUUGAUAGUGGGGAAGAUGAGAGCUACACAGAUGACUCGGACGCUCGAGACGAGUUCUACGAUCACUUGAGAGCUGCAAACAACUUAAGACCACGGGCAAAGGGCAAGGAAAAUGAUCCUGAGGUGUUGAUGAAUCUUGAGAUGGCCGAUACAGCUUUUGUUCAUGAAGACUAUGAUGAAGCAGUUAAAUACUAUUCGGAAGUGGUGAGGAUAGAUCCAAAACACGUUCGUUCCUAUAGGAUUUUGGGUGAUAUUGCGAAACUGAGAGGUAAGUUGAAUGAUUGCUGUACUUACUGGUUUCUUGCCGCUGUUAAUAGUGAGUGGGAUGGACAACUUUGGUCUAUGGUUGCUGAUUUAAGUGCUUCAUUGGGUCACACUACUCAAGCAAUUAAAGCCUAUGGUAAAGCAAUUGGGUUAAGAACCGAGGACAGGAGUCGGUUGAUGCUUGAAAGAUCAUUACUCUACAAAAAGACUCGUCAAUUUGGACGUGCCUUAGAUGGCUUUCGGAAAUUAUGCCUGCUUGAUCCCACUAAUCGAGAAUAUAUCAAGGAAUUGGCUUCUAUUUAUGUUCAGGAUAGAAGAGAAAAUGAUGCCAUAAAUCUAUAUAUGGACAUAUUUGACAAGAACAUUCAUAAAGGUGGUAAGACGAAUGAGCCAUUUCCAGAAUUCCGGUGGGAAGACUUAAAUAUUUUGGCUGAGUUGUAUAUUACCAAGAGAGCUUGGAAGCCUGCAUUGAGAGUAAUUUUACUAGCUUCCAGAUUCUUGCAGAAUAGGUUAGAUGAAUAUUGGUGGGAUAAUCAUGCCAAUGAUGCUGAGUUCGAAGAAGAAAAGAGAAAAGAGGUACUUGCUGAAAUAAAUGCAGAUCCAUCUUUUUAUGACAGAGAAGUAUUCUUGCCGAUUGAUAUCAGGUACAAAUUGGGCCAGGUGAGAUUAGAACUUGAUCAAAAGGAUGAGGCCAUGAAACACUUCCAUGUCUUGUUGGAUGAAGAUAACGAAGAGGAAAUUGCGGAUCUUCUUUUGGAAGCUGGUAAGUGUUUGGAGAUGCAUGGCUAUUUCUCUGAUGCCUUGAUAUUUUUAACACGCGCGGUGUUGUAUGAACGAACAUCAGAUAUAGAUACAGUCAUAUUACUUGCAAAUUGCUAUUUUGAGGUGGGCGAUUAUGCUGAAGCUAGAGAUGCAUAUGAAGCAGUACUCAAUGCCACUCCUGAUGAUAUGACCAUCAAACUUUCUUUGGCAGAAGCCCUUUAUCGACUUUCAGAUAUAAAACAAGCGGAAGAACUAUUAGCAGAAGUAGCAGCCUCCAGAAAGAAAUUAACUCAAGAAUCAAUUGGAGCAAAAGAACUAAAGGAGGUAGAUAUUACAGAGGAAAGAGAAGAAACAGGUGUAUCUAUUUUCUUGGAGACUAGACCUGUCAAGUUAACCAAGAAACCUACAGAAGAUGAGAAGAUUGCAGCAGAAGAGGCUUCUAAGCGUAAGGUGUUGGAGACAUUCAGACGAAUGCAAAGAUUGCAAGAUGAUAUAACUAAAGGAGAGCCAAUAGCAAUCAAUGCUUGGAUGCAAUCAGCUUCAAGGUUGAUUGAAAUGUUCAUGUCUGUACCUAAUUUCUUCCCAAGGGACAAGAACAGAACUUUCAAAGGGAUUGUUCUGUAUCGUAGGAAGAAGCCCAUGGAGAUUGACGAACGUAUAGCAAGAGUUUACAAUCUUUUUGAAGGUAUGUCAAUCAUGGACAACAAUUCCAGACUGUUUUUGACAUCAGAAAAAGAAUUUAGAGGAUUGGACUAUGAUAGUUGGUUCAUGAUCUUCAUCCAGUAUGUGCUCUUGGAAGCUAGAUUCAAGAAUGACUUGGAGUAUGCUACCCUGCUUAUCGAAGUGGCUGGUGCUGUGAGUGUGUUUGUGCAAGAUAAAAACAAAAGUGCCAUUAUUAGGCUUGUAAAAUUGUCCUUCGGUAUAGCUACAGGCGAUUACCUCGCAAUGGUAAUGACUUAUGUUCGAUAUUUUCUCACAGGUAACCAGUUUUCCCCUUUCAUUUACAAGCUUUUCCUUUGCUGUUUUGCUUCGGGCACCGAUGCUUGGGAAGCCUUUUCCAACUACAAUCAUCAAAAGUUUUUUCUUCGACAGUUAAAAGCAUACGAUUCUGUAUGCUCUGGCAAAAAGAUCACAGGAAUGGCUACAAUAAGUGCAGACAUCAAGGGACUUAAGUUUAAAAAUGAACACUGCGAGUUACUCUACAUAUACUCCAAUUUACUCGGUGGUAACAGGAACUUUAUUUCUCCGCUUGUUUACUUGAGCAGAGUUUAUCUAGGGUAUGACCAAGAUCCUAUGGUGUGUUUAACCUUAGGAUUGGCUCAUGUUCAUCGGUCCAUGCAACGGUUGAGUGCUAAUAGGCAUAUGCAACUCCUUCAAGGAAUAAGCUAUGUGAUGCAGUACAGAGAACUCCGGUUAGUGAACUCCACAAUUUACGAAGAACAAGAAGUUGAAUUUAAUAUUGGCAAGUUAUUCCAUAUGAUAGGGCUUGUGAGUGAAGCAGUUGUUCACUAUAAUAAAGUGUUGGAAUACCACGACCAGUUGAUAAACGACCCCGACUAUGAUAUGCUGGUGGAGGCAGCCUAUAACUUGGCCCUAAUCUAUAAUCUUAAUGGUAAUUCAGCCCUCGCGAGAGAAUUAACCGAAAAGUACCUUACUAUAUAAAAUUCUGUAUACUAAAUCCAAUGUACUAUACUGCGAACUUUUGAGAUGAGAAAACGAAAUCUACAGUAUCUACUAUGGUAAGGUUAAAACAAAGAUACAUCUUGUUUGAGAUCCUCCAGCCACCACAAGCACCAAAAGAAUGUCAUGAAGACCGUGACUUGUUCACCACGUUUGCCGAGUCUCCUUCCACUGGACUCCUUACCUUGCAUAGGCUGUCACCAAGCAGUAUAAAUCCCAAAGCCAUCACCAAUUCCAUAAAACAACACGUCCAAGAAUAUUACGGCGAUUUUGGUGCUGGUUUCUUGAUGACAUUAAACGUCAAGUACUUCAAUAACAAGACGUCAACUGGGAUAAUACGAUGUGGAAAUCAGAACUUCCAAUAUGUGCUUGGAGCCAUGACUUUAAUCAACAAGAUCGAGAGUAAGCCAGUCAUAAUUCGAUGCACACACGUCAGUGGGACGAUCAAGAAAUGUGAACAGUUUGCAUCCCAAAAGAAUAGGGAGUUGAUCAGGUGUAUAGAAGUUGACCAGAAAAGAGCCCGUGGUAAGUUACACACGAUCUGAGAACCAGGGGAAAUAGAUACUGAUUUUAUAGAACGAGACGAAGGUAGAGCUUGAUGCACACAACGAAGUCGGUUAAAUAAGUUGAAAUCUAAUCCAAUGGUCUACAAAACACUUCGGUUGUUCUAGCGCAUACACGCUUACAGGAAAAUGAGAUAUGCAAUAAUAAGAGCACCAGAAAAACUAGCAAUUCUUCACAUUUGAACUCUUCAUCAUGAAUGUUGAUUAUACUCUCUAUUUGGUCACCGACUCGACUAUGGUUCCUGAAUCAUCCACUUUCUUGAAACAAGUGGAAGACUCAAUCAAUGCUGGUGCCACUAUUGUUCAAUUGCGUGAAAAGUCGAUAUCUACCCUUGAUUUUAUUGAACGGGCGCAAAAAGUUCAUGAACU